CAUGCACAUCAGUAAGUGAAUGCAGAUUGCAGUGCACAGUAAAUAAUAUAUUGCAAAAAUAAUACAAAAAUUAAAAAAAAAAUGGAUUCCACAAAAACAAUUUUAGUGAGAAAUCCAUUUUCCAAGGCUUCCUACAUUUCCAAAUUAUUUUUCUGGUGGUUGUUCCCACUUUUAAAACAAGGAAAACAUAGUGAUUUAAAAACGGAAGACAUAUACGAAACUUUGCGAGAGGAUGAAUCCAACAAUUUGGGAGAUUUGGUAGAAUCCGCAUGGAGUCAUGAAAAAUAUACGUGUGCAAAAAAAGGAAAAAAACCUAACCUGCUAAGACCAUUACUUGCACUGUUUGGGCGUAAAUUUUUAAUCAUUUGCGGCUUCUACUGUUUGGAUGGAUGGAUUGUGGUGGUAUCGCAACCCAUUUUUCUUCGCCUUCUUAUCAAAUCUUUUGGAGAAUCUGAUGCCGUAAAGGAAAGUUGGGAGCCGUACGUUUACACAGCAGGAAUUUGCAUCUCUACUUUCCUCCAUGUCAUAAUUUUGCAUCCUUGUGAUUUCGUGAUAUCUCACAUUGGCAUGAAAUGUAGGGUCGGGCUGUCAGCCUUAAUUUAUCGAAAGGCGUUGCGGCUUCACUCCAAAUCGGAGAGUUCGGUCGGAUACAUUAUAAACAUUUUAUCCAAUGAUGUCUCCAGAUUUGACACGAGUUUGAAUUUUAUCCCGUUCAUUGUCGUGGGUCCAAUUCAGUUCGUAAUUUUUAUGGUGUUAUUAUGGCAAGAAAUUGCGAUUUCUAGUUUGAGUGGAGUUGUUUUGAUCAUUCUAUUGAUUCCGUUGAAUUAUUUCCUUGGAAAAAUAUUGGUCAAAUUUCGGCAAGCUAUAGUGUUAAAGACGGAUAGACGAUGCAAUUUAAUGAAUGAUAUUAUUCUUGGGAUUCGUAUCAUCAAGAUGUACGCGUGGGAACAGCCAUUUUCUGCAAUGGUGGAUUUAAUUAGAAAGAAUGAAGUCAAAGAUCUCAGAAAGCGUGGCGUAAUUCGUGGCCUUCACCAUGCUGCGGUCAGUUUUGCGCCAAAAUUAGUCCCAUUCGGUGAAAUAUUGACAUACUAUUUGCUCGGAAAUGAGUUAUCUGCUGAUAAAGUGUUCUUCAUAUUGACCGUACUUUACACAAUAAUCCAAGUGUCUGUAUACUGCAUUCCUCAAGCAGUUUCCGGUAUUGGAGAAUUAAUCGUGUCAAUUAAACGUAUCGAAGAAUUUCUAUUGUUCCGUGAAAAUCAAAAGUUGUCAAUUGGCGAUCGGAAUUAUAACAGCAGCGACCCCAGAAAUAGUUAUGGUGUCAAACUUGUAACUGCAACCACGUGUUGGUCAAAUGGAACUGUGGCAUUAAACAGGAUGUCAGUUGACCUUGCGGGUGACAAGGUCGUAAUGAUUGUUGGUUCCGUAGGUUCUGGAAAAACCGCCUUUCUCCAAAGUCUACUCUCAGAGUUAACACUACGUUCUGGAUCGAUAUCUGCAAACGGGGUGAUAUCCUAUGCUUCCCAGGAAGCCUGGAUUUUCUCGGGUGACAUUCGUCAGAAUAUCACAUUUGGGACAAAAUUUGACGACAAGCGGUACGAUGAGACUAUAUCUGCAUGCUCGCUAGGCCAAGAUUUCACCCAACUGCCGUACGGCGAUAGAACUUUGGUGGGAGAGAGUGGCGUCGGGCUUUCAGGUGGGCAAAAAGUAAGGGUAAACCUGGCCCGAGCAGUUUACAGGAAGGCGGACAUUUACCUUUUCGAUGAUCCUUUGAGCGCCGUGGAUAGCUCCGUGUCCCGACAUAUUUUCGAAAAUUGUAUCAAAUCGUAUUUGAAAGGAUCGCUGAGAAUUUUGGUGACGCAUCAGUUACACUAUUUACCGCUGGCAGACCAUAUCAUAGUUUUGAAAGAGGGCAGCAUUACCGCUUCUGGAACAUAUCAGGAACUAAUGGAGGAAGGGAUAGCCUUUAUGUCUCAUCAUGCGAGUAGCGCCGAUGAGCAAAAUAGACAGCAAAGCUUAACAAAUGAAAUCAGAGAGCAGUAUGAGGACAACGCACGUUUAGGAAAACCUUUGGAGUGCCAUGAGGAACAAAACAUUGGUUCUGUCACAUACAAAAAUUAUUUGGGAUACUUCACAUCCGCCAAGUCACCCAUUCUGCUGUCAUUACUAGCGCUGAGCUUCGUUUUAUCUCAAUUUCUGCUGAAUGGUACUGAUUAUUGGCUCGGAUUUUGGACUAAUGAGACGAGAGCUAAAAAUCCUCAAGUUUUGAAUGAGGAGAAAUCCUUCCAUGAAAAUACGUAUAUUUUCAUCUAUUCAGGACUUGUCGCUCUCGGAAUUAUAUUCUGCGUCGCAAGAGCUUUAUUAUUUUAUGAGAUUUGCGCUCGAAUAAGCAGCCAUCUUCAUGACGACAUGUUUACAAAUUUAGUUCGUGCUCCGACUAAAUUUUUUGAUGAUAAUCCAUCCGGUCGUGUCAUGAACCGAUUUACCCGAGAUAUCGGAGCGAUUGAUGACAUGCUUCCAACCGCGUUUGCUGAUACUGUUGCCAUAUUUUUGAGCAUGUUCGGUGUCUCUGUAAUUGUCAUUCUUUCCAAUUAUUUUCUCACUAUUCCAACAGUCAUCUUAUUUGUGUCGUUAUUCUUUAUUCGACAAUAUUUCGUCACAACAUCGCGAUCUUUGAAGCGGAUCGAGUCGAUUACCCGCAGUCCGAUAUUGAGCCACUUAAGUGUAACGAUGCAAGGACUUGAUACAAUUCGGGCAUUUAAGUCUCAAUCCACUUUGAUGAAACAGUUUGACAGUCAUCAUGAUCUGCACUCCGCUGCAUGGUUCUUGUUUAUUGCUGUGAAUCGUUGGUUUGGAAUUUGGCUAGAAUUAGCUUCAGUAAUGUUCCUGGUUUUUGUCACGAUAGGAUUUUUAUUCGUUGAAAGUACCGGAUCUAAUGUUGGCAUCGCAAUCGCUUCUACACUCACCUUAACUGGAUCGUUCCAAUGGGGAAUGAGACAAUCGGCAGAAACAGAAAAUUUUAUGACCUGCGUGCAAAGAAUUUUGGAUUACAUUAAAAUUAAACCAGAGGCCUCAUUGAAAUCGACUCAAGAAAACCAACCCCCAAAACAUUGGCCAAAUCAGGGACAAAUAAAUUUUCAAAAUGUCUCCUUAUCUUACACCGAGGAGAAGCAAUCCUUAAAAAAUCUCACAUUUGAAAUUAAAAGUCAAGAAAAAAUUGGAAUCGUGGGAAGAACAGGGGCUGGAAAAAGCUCGAUAAUAACCUCAUUCCUUCGCCUUGUUGAGCCAAAUGGGACGAUACUAAUUGACGGCGUGGACAUCAAAAAAAUUGGAUUGCACGAUCUCCGCAAAAAUAUAUCCAUAAUUCCGCAAGAUCCGCACUUCUUCACGGUCUCAUUACGAUUCAAUUUGGACCCCUUUAACGAAUUUAGUGACAACGAGUUAUGGAGUGUGCUUGGCGAUGUCGAUCUCGCGAAUUCCAUUACCGAUCUGGAUAUGGACAUUUUAAACGGUGGGUCAAACUUUAGUAUAGGUCAGCGUCAACUUGUUUGCCUGGCUAGAACCAUUCUCCGACGUAAUAGGAUUAUUUUGAUCGAUGAAGCUACCGCUAAUGUGGACGAAACGACGGACAAAUUCAUUCAGAACACGUUACGGUCAAAAUUUAAGCACUGUACAAUUAUUACGGUAGCGCAUCGGUUAAAUACGGUGAUUGAUUGUGAUAAAAUUCUAGUUUUGGAUGAUGGGUUAAUCAAGGAAUAUGAUCAUCCUCACGCAUUGUUGAUGAAUAAAGAUGGAUUAUUCACAGCAAUGGUAGCCAAAAAUGGGGAAAGUGAACUAGCAAAUAUGAGACGAAUAGCUGCUGAGUCAUUCGAGCGUAACGAAAUUCCAGACGAGAUGGUGGUAACUCGUUUAUAAGAUAUUAAGUAAAUACGUAACGUUUGUGAUACGAAUAGCAUAGUAUUUCCUAUUGGUAUGUGUUUGACCUAUUCAUGCUGUAACGACAUAAUAUGAAUCUUGGGAAUUAAUAAAUCGCUAUUAUACGUA